CGGGCCCGGCGGUGACGCGGCGGAGGUGACGCGCGGGGCGGUGGUACCGGAGCGCUCGGCGCUGUCUCCUUGUCCCCAUCACGGCUCCCGCUCGGCCCCCCCGCGCCGCCAUGUCCGCGCCCGGCAGCGGCGGCGACUUCGGCAACCCGCUCAGGAAGUUCAAGCUCGUGUUCCUGGGCGAGCAGAGCGUUGGGAAGACCUCCCUGAUCACCAGGUUUAUGUAUGACAGUUUUGACAAUACUUACCAGGCAACCAUUGGAAUUGAUUUCCUGUCAAAAACAAUGUAUCUGGAGGACCGCACGGUGCGGCUGCAGCUCUGGGACACGGCGGGGCAGGAGCGGUUCCGCAGCCUCAUCCCCAGCUACAUCCGCGACUCCACCAUCGCCGUCGUGGUCUACGACAUCACAAACUUGAAUUCUUUCCAGCAAACCUCCAAGUGGAUCGAUGACGUUCGGACAGAGCGAGGGAGCGACGUCAUCAUCAUGUUGGUGGGGAACAAAACCGACCUGGCAGACAAGAGGCAAAUCACUACAGAAGAAGGUGAACAGAGAGCCAAAGAGCUGAAUGUGAUGUUUAUUGAGACCAGUGCAAAGACUGGAUACAAUGUGAAACAGCUUUUCCGCCGUGUGGCUGCUGCCUUACCUGGGAUGGACAGCACACCAGAGAAGAGCAAAGAAGACAUGAUUGACAUCAAACUAGAGAAGCCCCCCGAGCAGCCAGUCACGGAGAGCGGGUGCUCCUGCUAACAGCACCUGCCAGCCAUGCCCUGAGAACAUCACUCAUUGCCCAGGCAUCCCUAUGUGGGGCUGGAAAACAGCUCCUGAGAGCUGUUUACCUCCCUGUUUACUGGUGGGGAGCAGCCCCGGCCGCCCCUCUCACUGCAUGGUAUGAGCCCUGAGUGCAGAAUGAGUGUCCUGUCUUUUGAGUUUAUUUUUUUAUGUUGUUGCACUUUGGCACCGUGGUGCCCUUUACACUCUCUCUCUCUCUGUCCCUCUCUUCCUCCCCUUCUCCCCCUCUUCCCCACCUCGAGCCCACCUGCUCCCCUGUAUCUUGUGAAUGCCAUGGAAAAGCCGCCACAUUAGGGAAGACAAAAAUGAAGCUUUGGGGGUGGGUUUUCCGCCUUCCCUACUGCCUUGCAUCCCAGCCAGCUCACUGCCCUGCCUGUCCUGCAUCCCCACCUCCUCUGGGAAGGCUGCUCCUUUAAACCAGUCCCUUGGACUCAGCCUUGCCUUUUUGGACAGCCCAGGUCACCUGUUCCUAGGCUUUGCUUCCCGCAGGGCACACACAACACUGGCUCCUUGGUUCCUCCUUCCUGGUGAUGAUCCUGGCUAACUCUUGCUCACAACUUCCAAGUUUUGCCCCUCGUGUCACAGCACUGGAAAGCCCCAAACUCUGAAAGCUUUGGCCUUGUUGCUCCUGUUUGUGUAGCAGAGACAUCCCACAGCCUGCUCUCCUCAGUUGGAAUCUCUUCCCAUCCAGAGGAUGUUGGUGCUCGGUGAGUGUUGGUGUAGGGAAGGAGAAGGAGGGAACAGAGGCUUUGCAGCGUGAAGCUGGGUGGGGAGAGAUCCUCAGGGAUUCUGAAAGGAAACAGUGACCUGAAAUCCAUCACUGCUGGGGCAAUACCUGCCCUGGCAGUCAUGGAUUUGGCUCAGGCUCCUUUCCUGAUCUGCAUUCUCCUGUUCCUCAUCCCAUAGAUGGGGAACUGCUUCUCAUGGAGCAGGAGAGCCACAGCAGAUGGAAGGGCAGCAUUCCACUGUCAUUCCCAGGUUGCUGCUUGAUGGGAUCCCACCCAGCUGCCUCUGCCUUUGGAGCAGAACUCUGGGAUGGGACCAGCAGCCCUUUCACUGCUGGGGUGGUUUUAAGCUGCCAAAGCUGAGGGGAGCAGAGAGUGACUGUCAGAGUGGGUGCAGGAAGGGGGGAUUGUCUGCUGCUGAAGGGAAUUCUGGUGUCACUUCCCAACCUCUCCCCACUUGUCCCUGGUUUUCAGAGAUUUUAGUGGAGUUUUUGGGUCCAUCUGCCCUAACAGAAGUCAGGAGAUUUGUCAGUUGGCAGAGAGGAGAAUUUCACUGUCCUUUCCCCCCCGGGCUGUGUCACGGGGAGGAUGCUGGUGGCAGGAGAGGGACUGAGCACAGUGUGGAGCCCGCGGGCCCCCAGGAGGGGAAGGGGCAGCUCGGGCUGGGAUCUGGCAGUCCCUGGGAUGGCAGUUUGUUCCCCUUCCCCUCGGGGUGAGCUGGGCUGCAGGAGGAAGCUGGGCUGUGGUUCCCCAUUCCCUGUGGAGUGUCCCCUGUCCCCUCCCUCCCGGCGGUGGCGGUGCCGGGAGGCGGAUCCCUCUCCUUUUCCCUCUCCCUGUACAUACCCGUUGGGAUCGCUGGUGUCGCUGUGUCCCUGUGUGUUGCUGUCCCCCCUCCCGGCGGCCCCGCUGCCCCCCUGUCGUGUUGUUGGAGUGGCGGAGCGGGGAGGGAGGGGGGAGACCCCACUGACGGGGUGGGGGGUAAUUAGUGAAAUGAAUAGUUCCCUUCCCUCUGUCCUCUCUGGUGUGUUCAAUGCCGUGUGUGUCGGCCCCGCUGUCUCGUAGCUGUAGCGAGUACGUGUGACUAUUACUCUGAGUAUGGACUGUCUGACACAGCCCUGUAUCACAACCAAUAAAUAAAGUUAUUUCACCAACA